AUGCGAUUACUUGCUUUUGCAGUUGUCUUUGACAACUUGGCGCUUCUGGCAUCAGCCUUGCCUACCGGUUGCACACCCCAGACAUGCAUCGACCCCCCAGUUCGGAAAGAAUGGAGGUCUCUUUCUAUAGUCGAGAGGCUCUCGUACAUAGAUGCCGUCUUUUGUCUCACCAAGAAGCCAGCCAUCUCUGGUUUGUCUGGGGCGAUCAAUCGCUUUGAUGACCAUCAAGCCGUCCAUAGCGAUCAGACGCCUGCUAUCCACUGGGUCGGACACUUCGCCCUGUGGCACCGUUACUUUGUCGCCACCUACGAAAAGGCUUUGAGGAAAGAAUGCGGAUACACAGGCGCUCAGCCAUACUGGGACUGGUCAUUAGACGCCUCAUCAAACAAGAGCAGCACCGCAAUCUUCAAGAGCGAGAUCUUUGAUCCGAUCACUGGGUUCGGUGGAAACGGGCCAUGGGCAAACGCGACGGCGGGUCAGAAUCCCCUGAACCUGACAGGUCGGACGGGCGGCGGCUGCGUGCGUGACGGACCCUUUGCCUAUCCUGCGUUCGAGACGCACUACGGCGAUACGGCGGGAUGUCUCAGGCGCGACUUCACGCCGUCGGUCAUGAACGCGUUUGCCCACCGCAGCCAGGUCGAGCAUGUCACCAGCCAGCCCGACUACACUAGCUUUGCGUACGCCCUCGAGGGCAUUCCCAGCUUCUCGCAGCCCAAUAUCCAUGGCAGCGGCCACUUUGGUGUUGGUGGCGUUCUCGGGCAGAUCGGUAGCGCAGCUGAAAGCCCUGGCGACCCCCUCUUCUACCUUCACCACGGCAACCUCGACCGCAUCCUCUGGGAGUGGCAAAAGAAGGAUCUGCCGACGCGGUUGCACCAGGUCGGCGGCCCCGUCGAGCCGUUCGACUAUGGCGGUGUGAAUGUGACGCUGGAUUUCCAGGUCAACAUUGGCAAGCUCGCAGGGAACGUGACGUUGGAGCAGUUAUUGGAUCCGCAGGGUGGCACGCUGUGUUAUGCAUAUGAGUAG